UCCCAGUCGUCUUCUUCCAAGGCGCCUGUUCCUACUUACGAGAAAUCGCUCCACGAACAGUUCCUCAACAUGUACAACACUUUGUUGUCCUUGAAGAACGACAGAAACAAGUACAUCAACUCCAAGCAGGUCUAUCAGAUAUACGAUGACUUCUUGAACUUAUUACAUGAUUUAAAGAUCUCCAGAAAGGACGAAGAGUUGAAAGGAAUGACGUUGAAUUUGCCCAACGCCAACGAUUUGCUUAUUGAUGAUAUUUGGCAAUUGGUGUCAUUAUGCUUCGUUACUUGUGGAUUAAUCAAGUUCGCCCCUGCAACCUAUUCAUCCUUAUCUACUGUCAAUAAAUUUCUCCAUCAUUUGAGGGAAUGCCAAGUCUAUACUUUGGAGGAUUUGGAGCCUAUAAAGCUGAGAUUGGACGAAAUCAGAGAUAUCAUUGCCAGUGAAAGCAAUGAAGAUACCGAAGACGUCGACAUGUCGGGGUAUGGCGAAAAUGACGCACAGAAUAUGCAUAAGAUAGAAGAAAACUUGAUUUUGAGAAAUAAGUUGAAUCGUUGCGAAAGCUUAUACAAGGAGUUGGAGGAUAACUUCAGAAACAUUCCUUCCGAUCUUGAACAGCCCUAUAAUAAAUUAAUCUCGAUAAGAAAGUCUAUUUUGAACUAUUUCACGAACAAAAAGCCAUCAUCAGAUACACAUGCUCAGUCAUCCAUCACACCUCAACCAGAGAACCAAGAAUUCAUUCUUGGUAAGAUCGCUCAGUUUAAGAAUGAGCUUAAAGAAAUCGAGUCUACAAGAGACUUGACCGACGGUAAAUUCCACAGCAAAGAACUCGAAAAUGACGAAAAGAGCCUCAAUGCCUUGCAAGUUGUGUUGAAUGGGUUAUUGGAUGAUUGCAACAAUUUGUUGAAUGAUUUGUCUAUUCAAACAGAUUCCACUAACUUGUCGACUUUGUUCGAAACGUCCUUAUCAUUUGCGGACAAUGAAGGAUUCAAGAGCAUUAAUAAGGGCUUUGAGGGUUUAUACUACAAACUUAUAGACUUGAAAUCAACCCUAGAGAAUUUGCUUAUAACAAGAAGAUGGACCUUAAGAGAGACUGAUUUGUAUACUUACCAAAAGCUUUUGAAGGGAAUCGAUGACGAAAGAAUACAAUUGAAUGAGAAAAUCAAGGGUCUUGAAAAUUCGUCUGCUACUGGGAUAACCCAGCAUUUGAGGAAGAAUCAGAUCCUUAUUUUGUAUUUAUUGAGAAGAUGCUAUUCGUUGAUCUACAAGCUACUUGAAAGUUCCGAACCCGUCAGUGAAUCAUUGCAGCCAAUACAUAACCAGCUUUCUACGGUGAGGAAAUGCUUGCUCGAUUUGAAGAGAAUCAACGGGUUGAAUAACUUACGUGAAUUGUAUCCCUUCCAGUUCAAAUUGGCAUCUUUAGAUAAUCUUAGAAGUGACGGGAAAUUCAUCAUCAACAACCAGAUACCAGAGGGCCAAGGAACUUUGAAUGCCUUAUUGGCUGAGUGCUUCGAUAUCAUCCACGAGUUGAAGAUUGAGUUGGAAGAAGACGAUGACGAGGACGAUGGCACCAACAAUAUCAACGGAGGCAAUUUCACGAACUCCAAGGUAGCAGACCACACCGACGACGAAGACAUCAACACCGACGACGAGGUGGAAAUUAAGAGGAAUCGGUAUGUGGGCUUCCACGAAGCUGAUUACGACCAGGAUUCCGAGUCUGCGUACGACGAUGAGGACGACAUCAGUUUUAACGACUCAGAGUAUGAAGGAAACGAUUACUACUAG